AUGGAUCGGAGGCUCGAUAGAAUGGAUCGGAGGCUCGAUAGAAUGGAUGGGAGGCUCGAUAGAACGGAUCGUCUCACAGAUAGCCAGAGAGGGAUGGUUAAAAAUGGUUUGUUAGCUGCAGGUGGUAGUGAGGACUCUGGAAACUCAUAUAAGCCUAUUUGCAACGAUAACGGAGAGUAUCCCGGAGAAACUAGCUACCUUCAAGAAAUAAUAUCUCUAGACCAAAUAAAUUCAAUGACUAGCAGUACCUUGGAUUUGUAUUUAAAUUUUUAUAACCUAGGAAGGAGUCGAUUAAUCGCAGAAAAGAAAGGUAAACUUAUUAGAUUUUUGGGAAUCAACGAAAAGGUUAUGAUAACACAGAAAACAAUCCAUGGUGCUACACCUACUUGA